AUGACGUCGGAUAUUGCCAAACGUCAACGAACUGUCCCAUCAGCUAAGGCAUUUGAGUUCAUUUGGAAAAGGCCUGUUCCAGAAAUUUUGCAAAAUGGGGAAUAUUUUGACCGAUACGAUGAGGAAGCGGGAAUUUUGGAGCCAAACUGUUUCGUGAGGGUAGACAAAGAUGGAUUUUUUAUAUACUGGCAGAGUGAGAACAAUGACAGUCAACAGCUUGAACUUUCACAAAUAAGUGAUGUUCGUGCAGGGACAAAGCCAAAAGAUGAAAAGUUAGCGGUUCAAAUCCAAGAAAGAUCUCCUGGCAAAUCAUGGGAUCGUAUUGUGACAAUAUGUAGCGGUUUGGAUCUGGUCAAUAUAAACUAUACUCACAUGGUUGCUAAAGAUGCUGAAACAGCUUCAUUUUGGAUUCAGUCUCUGAGAAGUUUAACGCAUAAUACUAAAGCAGCCAAUGUUUGCCCUAUGACUCAACUGAGAAAACAUUGGCUACGGCUCACAUUAACUUUGAAUGCUCGUAACAGAAUUCCUGUUCGUGUAAUUAUGAAGACAUUUGCCUCAGGGCGUAAUGAACGUGUUGUAUAUCAAAGUUUAAAGGAUUUAAAUUUACCUCAUGGGAAGAAUGAUGAUAUUGAUCCAAAUGAAUUUCCUUUUGAGAAAUUCUAUGAGUUAUACCACAAAAUUUGCCCACGUACAGAUAUUGAAGAUUUAUUUAAAUCUUUAUCAAAAGGAAAAAGUCAUAUACAUGCAGAUAAAAUGAUUGAGUUCCUCAAUGAAACUCAACGUGAUCCACGCUUAAAUGAGAUUCUCUAUCCAUAUGCUAACAAGCAAACAAUUAAGUAUAUUCAAGAAAACUAUGAAACACAAGAAGAAUUUAAAAAUACUGAUGAAAUAUCAAUUGAAUGCUUCUAUCGUUAUUUAAUGUCUGAUGAUAAUGCUUGUGUAUUUUUGGAUAAACUGGAUGUCUAUCAAGAUAUGGAUCAACCACUUAGUCAUUAUUAUAUUAAUUCAUCGCAUAACACUUAUCUAAUUGGUCGACAAUUCGGUGGGAAAUCAUCUGUAGAAAUUUAUCGACAAGUAUUGCUAGCUGGUUGUAGGUGUAUUGAAUUAGACUGUUGGGAUGGUCGAGGCGAAGAUCAAGAACCAAUUAUAACACACGGUAAAGCUAUGUGCACCGAUAUAUUAUUCAAGGAUGUAAUAUAUGCAAUUAGAGAUACAGCAUUCGUAGCAAGUGACUGUCCAGUAAUAAUGUCUUUUGAAAACCACUGCAGUAAACAUCAACAAUAUAAACUGGCCAAAUAUUGUGAAGAAAUACUCGGAGAUAUGUUGCUCACAAAACCUCUGGAUAAUUUCCCAUUAGAGCCUGGUGUGCCAUUGCCUCCACCCGAAAAGUUAAAAAGAAAAAUUCUCAUCAAAAACAAACGCUUAAAACCGGAGGCUGAAAAGCAGCAACUAGAAUUAUUUUUGAAAGGUCAAACUGAUGCGAUACAAGAAGAGAAUGAAGUAGCGGAAGACCCAGAUUUAGCGAUUGAUCGUGAAGAUGGUGAUGGAACUACAGGCAGUAAAACUAAUAGUGGGGACUUUCCACCGGUUACUGGUGUGGAUUCUUCGGUAUCUCCAAUUGCAACAUCGCUCCCUCAGUCUAGUGUUGGUUCCAGUGCUGAAUUGAAGAGACUUCAAUUGAAAAAGGAGGAAGGAAAUUUAACAGCUGAAGAAGAACAAAUGAUGAUGGCUCAAUAUCAUUACACUGGCGCCACGAGUAGUAUACAUCCACUAUUGUCAUCAUUUAUUAAUUAUGCACAACCUGUAAAAUUUCAAGGAUUUGAUGUAGCAGAAGAACGUAAUAAUAGUCAUCACAUGUCAUCAUUCAAUGAAAGCGUCGCAUUGGGUCUGAUCAAGAAAGACUGCAUUGCAUUUGUCAAUUAUAAUAAACGUCAAAUGAGCAGAAUAUAUCCCAGAGGGAAUCGUGUGGAUUCCAGCAAUUACAUGCCACAAAUUUUCUGGAAUGCUGGUUGUCAAAUGGUAGCUUUGAAUUUUCAGACGCCAGAUUUAGCUAUGCAACUGAAUCAAGGCAAAUUUGAAUACAAUGGUAACUGCGGAUACUUACUAAAACCUGAAUUUAUGAGACGUCCAGAGAGACAAUUCGAUCCAUUUUCUGAAUCACCAAUGGAUGGUGUUAUCGCGGCUACAUGUGAAGUCAAAAUUAUUUCAGGUCAGUUUCUGUCUGAUCGCAAAGUUGGCACUUAUGUUGAAGUCGACAUGUACGGACUACCUACAGAUACUAUCCGUAAAGAAUUUCGUACUCGAGUUGUUCCUAAUAAUGGAUUGAAUCCCGUUUAUGGAGAUGAUGCUGUUUUUGUAUUUAGAAAGAUUGUACUCCCCGAUCUUGCUGUUUUACGGUUUGCAGUUUAUGAAGAUACAGGAAAGUUAAUAGGUCAACGUGUUCUACCUUUAGAUGGUCUACAAGCUGGCUAUCGUCAUAUAUCAUUACGUACUGAAGGCAACUUUCCACUCUCUUUACCUACUCUCUUUUGUCAAGUAUCUCUCACAACAUAUGUUCCUGAAGGAUUAAAUGACCUAGUUGAUGCCUUAUCUGAUCCUCGAGCGUUUUUAAGCAAGGAGGAACAGCGGAUGAAACAGCUUGCAAGUAUGGGUAUUGAUUCAUCUGAGAUUGCAGACGUUCCAUCUACUGGUAAUACGAAACGUGGUGGUGUCAGUGGUGGAGCUGGACAGGGAACUGGAUCUACUCUUCCAGGUGGCACUGGGUCUGGUGACACUGCAAAUACUUCAUCUAACAGUACCAAAAAAGAUGACAAAAAAGAUGAUCCUAAAUUCGAUCCAAUCUCAAUAAGUCUUCUGCAAACUGAUAAAAUCUAUCAGAAACUUAUUAAAAAACAAGCCAAAGAAUUGGAGGUUCUCCAGAAGAGGCAAGAGAAAGAUGCCGUCACAAUGCUGAGGAACCAUACAAUCAUUACGGACAAACUGAAUACAAGCCAUGCUAAGGAACGUUCCAGUACAAAACGGUCAAUGAAUAAGGAAAAUGGUCAAAAUGCUGCGCUGGAAGAUACUCAUCGUAAUCAGAUGUGUGAACUCGUACGUCAGCAUACAGAUCAGUGGAGUAGCCUUAAAUCAACACAAAUGAAGGAAGUGUACGAUUUAGUGCUUAGUUUUUUUGAUGCACGCAAAGAUUUGUUGAUCAAGAUCAUUAAAGAAGUUCAAGAAGAACAGAAACGUGAACUACGCAUAAUACAAGAUCGUGAAAUUAAAGAAAUGAAAGCUCAACAAACAAAAGCUUCAAUUGAAUCAAAUCGUUCCGUAAUGAAUGAUCGCAAGUUGCGUAAUAAAGCUGAACGUGAUCGUCGUAUACGAGAGUUAAAUGAUUAUAAUACAAAAAGAUUUAUUGAUCAACGUAAAUUACAAGCUCAACGACAUGAUAAGCAAACACAAGAAUUGAAUAAACGCCAUACAUUAGAAGAACAAGAAGUUAUUAAUGGUAUUAAAAAGGAACGUGAAGAAUUUAUUCGUAAAUACGAAGAAGACCUUUUAGCCUUGAAACGUGCAACUGUCAUCUAG